AUGGGGGGUUUUUUUGUAAAUCAUGGGGGGGUUAAAAAAAAAAUAUUUUAUAACUUACCCCAACAAAAAAAAUUACAGGAAACGAGAUCUCCAGCUGUCGAUGAUGAUUUUCCUAAUUUUCAAGAUGAACAACCGUCAGAAUUUUCAAUAGGAAAUUUACUCGCUGGACAAGCAGGAAAAUUUUUCAAUAGUUUUCUCCAGUUACCGUCAACAUUAUUUAAAUUUUUCAGCGGUGUUGUUGCAAGGCAACCAUUUGCUAAAUUAAGAGAAGAAGUUAGAAAUUUAAACAUAAGUUAUCCAAAAUGA